CCGUCCGAGAAGGAGGACAGCGACACAGCGCCACGCCGACAUCGCCUGUAAAAUCUCCUCUUUCUCUCUCACACCGGUGAUCGCACCACCACAGCAACAGCAAAAACACCACCACCCACCUUACCACCACAACACCACAAACCCACCAAUCAAAAUGCCCCCCCUCCCGCACCCCCUCGCCCUCUUAGCCCGCGCACCCCACCACCAGCUCGUAAAACGCAAGAACUGGGCCGCCCGCGAACCCGGCGUCGUGCUAGUCUUCUGCAUCGUCUUCAUCGUCGCCCUGUUGCUGGUCAGCCUGUUUAUACAACGCAAACUUACUGCAAGGAGGGAGUUACGCGAGAAGAGUGAGGGGCGGAGAUAGGUUGGGUGGGAAUGGGGAGGUGGAUAGGAUAGAAGGGCGUUGUGCGUGUGUGUGUUGGGGUGGGGUGUAGGGGGAGGAGGGGGGAGGAAUAACUUUGGAGGGUGGAGAAGAGGGGAGGGUAAUGGGGUGGGGUGUGGUUUUUUCUGGUGAUAUAUCUAUGUCUUCAAGUCUUUGCGUACUGAUCGGUGUGGCUGCGGCGCGGUGCGGUGCGACGCGAUAAGUAGCUAAUCUGUUGAUUUUCCAUCUACCUACCCCAUCAUAAAACCAGCUACAUAUCCCUCACUAUCUCACUGUUCUGCACAACCGAGCGUGUUGAGGGGAUUGUGGGUUGAUGGUGAAGUGUAUAUAUACAAGCGCACAAGCAAAACCAACAGAACACACGAUGGAACAGACAGUUGAGUCCCCA